AUGGCUUUGGAGACCUUUGUAAGUGCUGGUCCAGGCGUGCCUGGCUGUGUCCGGUGCCGCUCUCAAGCUGGCCUGGAGGUCAAAGCCCGUCAGGGACAUGCAGGACACUUGCUCCCUUCGGGGACAGGACUCCUAAUGUUUGGCUGUGCCGUGGCCGCGCAGAUAUCUAGGCCGCGUCAGCUUCGUCAGCCCGGGAGAGUGAGCGUGCACCGUUUGGCGGAGGCGAGUGACGCUACCCUGGAAUCUGCCCUUGGCCUGGAUUACAGCAAACUUGAGAGUCUUCUGAAAGAGGAGGACUUCAAGGCAGCUGAUGCAGAGACCCGGAGACUGCUCAUCCAGAUGUGUGGAAAGGAGGCAGAGAAGCGGGGAUGGAUUUACUUCACAGAGGUGAAGACCAUUCCCGAAGAAGACAUGAGAACGCUGGAAACGCUCUGGCAACAGCACAGCCAGGGGAAGUUCGGAUUCUGUCAGCAGCGAAAAGCCUGGAAGCAAGUUCGUGGUCAGUUCGACAAGUUUGCUGAACAGGUCUCCUGGUUCACUGACACGUGGAAGAAUCGAAACUGGCCAGACGAGUUCAUUUACACCCUGGAGGCUCCUGUGGGCCACCUACCGCUGACCAACUGCAUCCGGGGCGCGCAAGUUCUGGAGGAGCUGCUUAGCCACCCGGCCAUCGAGAACAUGAAGGUGACAAAGGUGAAGAAGGCAGCAGCAGCUUCCGCUUCCACCGCCUCCGAGCAGGGAGUCGGAGAAGCCUGGCCGGCGAUCCGCACUUUCAAUGCUGUAGGAUCUAGGCAUCCAGGGGCCAACGUCGGCGCUGUGGGCCACAUGCCUGGAGCCGUCCCUGGCAGAGCGAGAUCGCCCCCCGGGCCUGUGCCCGGCAUGUCAGGCGUCAUGCGAAGCCAUGGUCCCAUGAGCCCAUCGAGUCAGAACGGAGCUCGGCCCGCCUACGGGUCCAACACUCCGACGCUGGUUGGAUCGCAGCGCUCAAUGGUGCAGCCCCAGCCAACGCCGGUCCGAAGUGAAGGUGCCAGGGACCCGAGGGAGCGAGAAGCUGUCCAGUCUGUCCAGGCUUCCAGAGCCUCCAGCGUGGAAGGGGGUCACUUCAGGACUCCGAGCCAGGAAUCCCACCGCAGCUCCAAGGGCCCCAGCCGGGUCAGCGGCAGCUACGGCGCCCCGACCCACGGCAGCCUGGGGCUGCAGAUGGGCCCUGGCGGCCCGCCACGGUCCCGGGACGAGUCGCGGGCGGCGUUCAGCAGCAGGUCUCCGAGUGCUGACUCGGGCCUCCACAAGAUGCAGAACAACUUGCAGCAGAGUCGGCAGCAGAUGCAAGAGGUUGAGCAGACCAUCGCGGCCAUGAAGGGUGCUUUGGAAAGCUCCAAAGACAUGCUGAAAUCCUUGAAGGGACCGGCCAUCGAGCAGCCACCUCUAGGCGAGCUGCCCGCAUUUGACGGCGGCUACGAGAACGUCCUGCAGAGGCUGCAGCAGCAUUUGCGGGACCAGCAGGCACAGCAGCAUGAGCUCCUCACGCAGCUCACAGCUCGCUGGGAGGCUCGCUUCACGGCUUUGGAGCAGGCGCUGAGCAGCAGCUUGGAGGUGGCGACUGUGGCCACCACCUCUAUGAACGAACGUCUGCGGCGUAUCCUCAGCCUUGGAGAGGUCCUGGAGGGGGCCGUCGAGCGAGCGGGGGCCUGA